AUGACAGUUCCUCAGCCAUCAAACGGCUCAACAGCCAAGCCGACGGGAAUCAAAGUCUUGAUUGUCGGAGCUGGAUUCGGCGGCUUGACAGCCGCAAUUGAAUGCCAUCGCCAAGGGCACACGGUGGAGGUAUACGAGUCAUUUCCAGAACUCAAGUCUCUAGGCGACAUCAUCUCCUUCGGCCCCAACGCAGGUCGCAUCUAUCGACGCUGGUCAAACGGAGCUAUCGCAGAUCGCUUGAAGCCGCUUAGUAUCAAUCUGGAGAAUCACGGUUUCAAAAUCCACAAGUGGACUGGAGAGCUCGUACACACACAGCGCACGCCCCCUGCCGAUCCAGAGGCACCAGUUUUCAAUGGCCACCGCGGCGAGCUGCACACGGUUGUGUUCAACUAUGCCAAGGAUGAGCUGGGUAUUCCCAUUCACCUUGGCCAGAGAGUCUCGAAAUAUUUUGAGGACGAGAAUGAGGCAGGAAUCAUUCUUGAUAAUGGCGAAAGGAUCACUGCGGAUGUUGUUAUUGGAGCUGAUGGAGUACGCUCAAAGGCACGAGAGCUCGUUUUGGGUUACUAUGACAAGCCAAAGUCGAGCGGAUACGCUGUAUUCCGCGCAUGGUUCCCAAACACAGAUAUGAUCAAUGAUCCGCGGACAAAACAUUUCUGCGAGAACGGCGAUACCUUUAACGGCUGGAUCGGACCUGACGUGCACUUCCUCUUCUCGACUAUCAAGAACGGGCAAGACUGCUGUUGGGUUCUAACUCACAAAGAUGAAGCCGAUAUAGAAGAAUCCUGGUCCUUCCCCGGCAAACUCGAGGACGUAUUCAAGGUCAUUCAAGGAUGGGACCCAAUCUGUAAAGCCAUCGUGGAGAAAACCCCCGAGGUCGUUGAUUGGAAGCUCGUUUACAGAGACCCGCUGCCUCGAUGGGUAAGUGAUCAUGGGCGUAUUGCUCUGCUUGGUGAUUCAGCACACCCUUUCCUCCCUACAUCCGCCCAAGGCGCGACACAGGCGAUGGAAGAUGGAGUGGUACUCGCUGUUUGUCUGAAGCGGGGUGGGAAGGCAAAUAUUCCAAAUGCGGUACGUGCGUAUCAGGAGAUCAGGUAUGACCGUGUGAAGGCCGUGCAGAAGACAGGUGAAACGACCCGUGAUAUGUGGCAUAAAGCGGACUGGGAUAAAGUUGCAAAGGACCCGGAAUCCAUUCAGAUGCCCCGUGAGGAUUGGGUCUUCAAGUUUGAUGCUGAGAAGAAUGCUGAGGAAACAUUCGAUGAGGUGGUUAAGCAACUGUCAUGA